GUGGUCUGUACUUUGAACCAUAAAUAUCAUUGCAUGCAGGAGAUGGCUGCAAAAACUUACUUACCUAUUUCAACACUGAUAGUAGCUUCUCUAGUGAUCUUUUUUGGUAAUGUAGAAGCCCAAAAGAAGUUGAGUCAUCCUGCUUUCACUGGGUCGGCUGAACUCACCCUCAAAGUUCUGUACUGUUACAGCUGAGGGUAUCGGAAGGUGUUUGAGCAGUAUACUCAAGCACUGCGAACUGAGGUGCCUCACCUCAACAUGGAGGGAGGGACGUACCCACCACCGAGGGUCAAUGAGCUGCUCAGUUCAGGGUUGUUUAUUGUGAGGAUGGCAGUCGUACUGCUGUUGUUGGCCGGACCAGGGGUGCUGCAGAGCAUUGGGAUACAGAACCCACCCUGGAUAUACACCUGGGCUCACGAGAACAAGAUGACCACUUUCCUGGUGAUAUUUAUAAUCGGAGGACAAAUAGAGAACCAGUUGCUGUCCACCGGUGCCUUUGAAGUAUCACUCAACGAUGAGCUGGUGUGGUCCAAGCUAGAGACAGGUAGACUGCCUUCACUCAUGGAACUCAAGGAGCUAAUAUCAGAGCCGAGUCAGUCGUUUGAAUCAGCCUCCACAGUCAUGGAGGCUGAGUUCGAUGACGAGAUGGAGUCCUUCUAUUCAUAGGGAAAUGUGCCAGGUUGGAGAUAUGUGACUUGUGAUGUGAUAUGACGAAUGUCGACUAAACCACACUGUGUGAAGUUGACGUUCUGAGGCCCCCACUCACAUUAACUGAACUCUAACCUGACACUAGUCCCUAUGUUGUGCGUAUUUUGUGUGUUGAUCUUAUUUAUUUUCCCAUGAAUUUCCUGAGAUCUUCCUG